AUGUCGUGUGCGCACUGGGAGUUGCAGUGGCCCCGGCACAGGAAGCCAGCCCGGGAGUCAGUCAGUCUCUUUCAUCUCGACUGCAGCGAGUCUCUUGAAGACGUGUCUCUUCGUUGCUUCGACUGUCGCGUUGCGCCCUCGAUUCCUCGAAUGAUUUUGAAUACGGAGUCACGAGACCAGCCAUUCUCUCAAGGGACACUCGAAUAUCGUCCCUCUGAAAUUGAAGCCAGACUAGAGGACGUCCCUCACCUGAGUCGAUUCGAAAAAUCUCACACUACUAGGCAGCAGGCAGCCCAACGCUGCUCGACUCCUCCCCUCUCCCCAUCCCACCUCUUUUUACUUUUUCCAUUUACACACCUCGCGCGUCAAACCUUCUCCAAGACCCUUGUCCAUGGCUAUGCUCAGUCGGUAGUUGCAGCCUCGCAAUCCUCCUAUGCAUCCUCCACCACUUCCCUGAACCAGAUCACCUCCGUCCCCGGAAAAUUCACCCGCACCGCUCAGCUACAAAGUGCGUUCCAGAACGCUUCUGGCUCCUCUUCGAGUGCUGGCCCCAAAGCCGGCCAUGCUGCGUCCAACUUUUCUGCCGGUGACUCCGGCUUAGCUGCUUACUUUGCAGCAUGGCAGCUGGCACAGCAGGCGGACGAAGGGGACUGGAAACAAUACCAAUUCACGAAGCGAAUUGGCUGGAAGGCCGGGGUCAAGGCAUCUGAGGAAAAGGAUAAACCUGAAAAACAGCCAGUUGAAGGACAGGACGCGGCUGCUCUCUCGCAUGCCAGCUUGAGUGAAAAUCGAAGCGCGCGCAAUGUCGAGAGCGCCCCUGUCGAUAAGGAUGUGAGCGCCAAGGUCGACGAGGCGGUUGCUCGCGAAAUCCAGCAGAUUCAGGAAGCUGCAGAGCUAACAGAAAGUCCUGCUUCAAGCGUCGAUUCUGCGGUGGUCCUCGAAUCAAGGGAGGCUUCAAGCGUGGAGCUGACACCCGUAUCAUCCAUCGAGGAAGCCGAACCAGCCCCUAGAACACCCAAGACUCCCGUCCGUGAAUUGAGACAGGCCCAAACGCCCAACGAGGAGUCUAACCGGAUUGUCGAACUUGCCUCUGCCGGGUCAUUUGCGCAAGUCCCCGGCGCCUUCGAAAAGCUGUUGAAGGAUGGCCUGGUUCCGAGCAUCGGAGCCUAUAAUGCUCUCCUGCAAGCAGCCAUUCACCUACAUUCCGACGUCUAUCAUGCCGUCCCCAAAGUUCUCGAUAUCUACUCUGACAUGAUUCGUCGCAAUGUCAUGCCGGAUGAACAGACGUACAAGACACUUGUCCAGCUUCUAUCUACCCGUGCCUUGGAUUGUCAGCACAUGGUUCAGAAACUCGAGCAAGCACGAAUUCGCUAUGGAGGUAUGGACGAACCAGGAAAGUUCAUCUUCCGGUCUAGCGAGGUAGAGCAUCAACUCUUGACUGAGGAUCAUUCGCUCUCCAUCGCUCUCAAGCUCUUCAAAUUGGCGGCUUCGCGUCAUCAGGGAAUUGUCUUUUCUCUCGACAUCUACCGGGCUCUCCUGACCGCAUGUGCUAUGCGUGGCGAGGUUGACAAGAUGAUUCAAAUAUUUGCGCACAUGGAAACCAAUAAAGUAGCCCCCCACGCUGCCAUGUUUCCUCCGAUGAUUGAUGCGUUCGCUACCAGUGGCGAUUUGAAGAGCGCGGUUGAAUGCUACAACGAAUACAAAACCUUGGCCAUUUCUGAUGACAAUGGAAUCUUUGGAAUUGUUGACAGAAGAGACGGUGAAGUUUACGCUGCUGUGGUCAAAGCCUACAUGGUCUGCGGUAAAAACGAAGGAGCUCUGCGAUUCUCCGACAAAAUCAGAGCUUCGUUCGAUGGAGUUGAGAAUAGCGAACAGAGACUUGCCGCUGUCGAAAACGUCAUUGUGAAAGAUGGCUUGGUCCAGUAUUCAGUUAUGGCCGGCAAAUUCGCUGAGGCCCUUCAAACCGCUAAGACCCGUCUCGACGGAGAGGCUCUGAAAUCUGCUGUUUCAAAGAUCUGCGUCAUGGCCGCAGAUGCAGGGGAGUCUGCCGUUGCUUCCGAAGCGUACGAUAUUUUGUUAACGAAACAACCGAGCAAGAACACCCCUGUCGUCGCCAUGAUGGCCAUGCACAUCCGGAAGGGUGAUCUCGUCUCGGCCAAGUCUCAAUGGGCUAUAUUAGCCACCAGCGAUCAUGUCAACGCGGACCUCAUCCAGCCGACGGCUAUGUAUACCGUUGCCCUUUUGAGAAGUGGCCAGAUCGACGAAGGCCUUAGUCAAGCCCGCAACAUGUUCGCUAAAAUCAGGAACGGUGCUCCAAAGGAUCCAUCUCAGCUCCGCGAAGAGAUCGAUGAAGCCAUUGACCUCUUCGGUCGUGUUCUCAUGCGAUCCUCCCCAGUCAUCACAGCGCAUGCCGCCAUGACUCUGAUCUGGGCUAUGGUCGAAAAUGGUGGCUUGGUAUCUCCAAUUGCAGAGCAUGCCAUCGCCAGCCUCGGCCCUAGCGAGAUUGGUCAGCUUAGCGUCCACGACCUCAACCUCGCGCUCCAAGUCCAAGCUGGCAUGAUCGUCAAUGGAUCUCCCCUAUUCGAUGCGGCACACCCUGCUCGUUUCGCUCACAUGCUUGAAUUGGCAAUGUCCACGGGGUUGCCAAUCAACCAGCACACAAAACAGCUUCUGGAUCAAGGUGUCUCAAAAAUCAGCCCGGCACGCCCCGAUUUGUUGCGCAGGUGGCAGAGCUUCACACAAGCCCCAGCAAGGCCGACCUUUGUGUCGCCAAAGUAUUCCCCUGCACCAAAAGCUUCCCCGGCCCUGAAGCCAGAGGAUUCUUUUGACCCCUAUGCUCAUUCAACCGAUUUCCGUGGCUCCUCUAUCAUCGCUGAAGAGCUCGAGAAUACUCGCGGACGGGCUGAGGAUCAUCUCAACACCGCAAUGAUCAAAUUCAGAAACAUGCGCCGUAUUGGCAGACAUCCUCGAUAUAUCACAUACGCCAAACUUAUCACUGCUGCUGCCAAGUGCCAUCGUACAAAUCUCGUGCAUGAAAUUCUGGGGAUGGCAAGACAUGAUGUCCCUCUAAUUCCCCAAUACGGCGCUGUCAAGUAUGGCUGGACGUCAAUUCUCGACGCAAUGGUCGCAGCUUGUCUGACUGCCGGUGAACGCGGCCUUGCUGCGAAAUAUCACCAAGAACUAUUGAACAUUGGAGCCGCACCUUCGGCUAACACCUUUGGUCUCUACAUCACCACCCUGAAGGAGUCCACCAAGACAUUCGACGAGGCGACGGAAGCCGUAAAAAUCUUCCACCGGGCCAUGUCUGAGGGAGUUGAACCCACGUCGUUUUUGUAUAACGCGUUGAUCGGGAAACUCGGUAAAGCUCGUCGCAUUGAUGACUGCCUUCUCUACUUUGCGGAGAUGCGUGCCAAUGGUGUCCGUCCGACCAGUGUGACCUACGGCACGAUCGUGAAUGCGCUCUGCAGAGUCAGCGACGAACGCUUCGCCGAGGAGAUGUUUGACGAGAUGGAAUCGAUGCCUAAUUAUAAGCCGAGACCAGCACCUUAUAAUUCGCUCAUCCAGUAUUUCCUUAACACCAAGCGUGAUCGAUCAAAGGUCCUGACUUACUACGAACGGAUGAAAUCUAAGAAUAUUGAGCCGACGAUGCACACCUAUAAGCUCCUCAUCGACGCUUAUGCUUCACUAGAGCCGGUGAAUAUGGAAGCCGCAGAGGGUCUUCUCGAAACCAUUCGAUCCACUGGUCAGCAGCCGGAAGGCGUGCACUACGCAUCUCUAGUUCACGCAAAGGGAUGCGUCCUACAUGACAUGGAAGGCGCUCGCCGUACGUUCGAUUCCGCACUCGCCAGCGGCGCUGCUAAACCUCAACCCUGCCUCUACCAGGCGCUGUUCGAAGCCAUGGUUGCGAACCACAACGUCGCCGACACCCCGGCACUUCUGAAAGAUAUGAAAGCCCGAGGCGUUGAAAUGACACCGUACAUCGCCAACACUCUAAUUCACGGCUGGGCAGCUGAGGGCAACGUCGCCAAUGCCAAGGAUGUGUAUGAGAGCAUCGGGAUGCAGAAGCGUGAACCGAGCACGUAUGAAGCCAUGACUCGUGCGUACUUGGCGGUUGAGGAUCGGCGGAGUGCAUCUGCUGUUGUUCAGGAGAUGCUCUCUCGUGGCUAUCCUGCUGCCGUUGCUAGCAAGGUGGUCGAGCUCGUCACCGGUGGUAACCCGUCUUAA